AUGCAAAACGAUCAAGGCACCAAUGAUACUGGAGUUGUUACUUCUGCUAUUGCUUCUGCUGCAACUAAGCCAACAAAAAAACUACCUCAAACACAAGAAAAGGCACCAGGUUCCUUUGAAAAGAAACAGGCAAAUGUAGGAUGGGACGCGUUUUCAAAGUUGCCUAAUCCAGGUAAUGAAGUAGCGCUUUCAGAACUCACUACCCAACUUGGUUUGGAGUCUGUAAUUGAUAUGUACAAGGGCGCUCGUACGAGUGCUUUGAAUGAACAAGAUUUAGUAUCUAAGUUUUUGAAUGAAGCAUACUAUGGGGAAUGGUACCAUAAUGCUGCAGUCAUGUUAUUUGCUGUUGUUUUCACUUGGUUACUCACUCGAUUUGGAGGAGGCUUUUUUGCUUGCUUGGUCGUUGGUGCUUUUUUGGCUACUUACUACCAAACUUCUAUUCGUCGCUUAAGAAGAAACAUCCGAGACGAUAUUCAACGCGAGUUGGCCAUUAACCGUUUAGAGACAGAAGCUGAAUCUGCCGAUUGGAUUAACCAUUUUAUGUCCAGAUUUUGGUUGAUCUAUGAGCCUGUCUUGUCUGCUCAAAUCAUUGGUAUUGCUGAUUCCAUCUUGGUAGACAAUACACCUGCUUUCUUGGAUUCUAUCCGCUUGACUACUUUCACUUUGGGUACUAAGGCUCCUCGUAUUGAAAGCAUCAAGACACUCACCAAAACUGAACCUAAUGUUGUGUGUAUGGAUUGGAAAUUUUCUUUUAUACCUAACGAUACCUUUGAUCUUUCUGAACGUGAUCUUCAAUCUAAAGUUAAUCCCAAGAUUGUCUUGACUAUCCGCGUUGGUAAGGGCAUGAUUGGUGCCGGUAUGCCUGUCUUGGUGGAAGAUCUUGCCUUUUCUGGACAUCUUCGUCUCAAGUUUAGAAUGUUUAAUGAAUUCCCUCAUAUCAAGACUGUAGAAGCAUCUUUCUUGGAAAGACCUCACUUUGACUACUCUCUUAAGCCUGUUGGUGGUGAAACCUUUGGUUUUGAUAUUAAUAAUAUACCUGGUUUAGAAUCAUUUGUUCAAGAGCAAGUUCAUGCUACACUUGGACCUAUGAUGUAUGCUCCUAAUGUGUUUACCUUAGAUGUUGCUGGCAUGAUGUCAGGUGCUACCGACCUCAACUCUGCUAACGGUGUUUUGGUGCUCAAGAUUCACUCAGCCAGUGGUCUCAAGGACGUUGAUCUCUUUGGUACCAUUGAUCCUUAUAUUACUGUUCACGUUGGCAAUGCUAACAAUGCUGAGCUUGGUCGUACCAAGCAUAUCGAAGAUACUCGCAACCCCAGAUUCGAUGAAGUGAUGUUUGUCUUGCUCAAUACUGUCAAUGACACUUUAGUUCUUGAAGUCAUGGACCACAAUGUUGGCAGAACCGAUAGUUCCAUUGGCACCUGUACUUUUGACCUCAAGUCUCUUGCUGAAUCUGAUAACUUAAUUGAAGGUUUGUCUCUUCCUGUUCUUAAGAAAGGAAAACCUUCUGGUGAAGUCAAGUGCGAUCUUCAUUACUUCCCUGUCAAUGCCCCUGAAAAGCAAGAAGAUGGCACUAUUGUUCCUGCUACAGAAUCAAACAGUGGUGUCUUGCGUUUCACUGUCCAUGAAUGUAAGGAGUUGGGCGGUCAACAAAAGAGUGGUGGUAUCAGUCUCCCUGUUAUUGGUGGCAAGCACGAUAUUAGUCCUUAUGCUGUUGUCAAGGUCAAUGAUAUGGAACGUCUUCGCACCAACCCAUUCAAGCGCAGUAUCAAUCCUCGCUGGGAUAAGAGCGUUGAACUCUUUGUCACUGACAAGACAGAACUCAAUUUGCGUGUCGAUAUCAUGGACUCUGCCUUUGAUGACAAGCUCUUGGGUCGUUGGGGCUCCAAGUUGGAAGAAUUUGAAGAAGAUCUGUUCAUCAACGGCCAGGAUUGGUGGAACCUUAAGGAUGGCUCUGGUAAGCUUCAUUUAAGCAUGCAAUGGAAGCCUAUUACGAUGACUGGUUUCACUGAAAGCCUCUCUCGCGGUGGUUACCGUCCUCCCAUUGGUGUUGUUCGUGUCAACUUUGUGAGUGCUAAUGACUUGAAAAAUGUGGAGGCUAUGACGGGUGGUAAAUCAGAUCCUUAUGUUCGUGUCAUGUCUGGUGUUCAAUGCCGUGGUCAAACAGAACGUAUUGACGAUAACCUGGAUCCUGUCUGGAACGAAGUGAUUUAUGUUCCUGUUCAUUCUAAGCGUGAAGACUUGAUCUUUGAAGUCAUGGACUACAACGAAAGCAGUAAAGACAAGAGCUUGGGUAUCACUGACUUCUUCUUGAAGGAUGUCAUGCGUGAAGUGAAGAAUGAAGAUGGUCAAGUUGUAUAUGAAGCUACUGAGACUGUUGAACGUCAAGUUGAUUUGACCAGUUUGGAUCGCAAGAAGGGUCGUGGUACACUCAAGUACUCUGCUUCUUUUUUCCCUACUUUAGCUUUGGCCAAAGAAGAUGAAAAGAAGAAAAAUGAGCAACAACAAGUUGAGGAGGAGACUUCAGGUAGUCAAGCUUCUGAAGAACCUGAAUUGAUUGAAAAGCCCAAAGAAUGGCCUGAAAAGGACCUUCAUAAUGAAGUGAUCAAAUACAAGACUGUUUCUAACGAUAAGAAGCAAAUUGAUCUGUUGGCUUAUGAAUCUGGUGUAUUAGCUGUUACUAUGCACACCCUUACUCUUCCUGAAUCACACCGUGUUGUUGUUGAUCUCAUGUUAGACUCUAAUGAUCCUCAAUAUAGUUCUAUUGAACAAAAAGGCUCUUGUCUAGAAAUCAAUGAAACGGGUACUGCCUUUGUCAAGGAAAUGGACUUCUCCAAGUUGAUUGUUCGUGUUAGAAAUCUUCGUGACGCUGAUAAGGAUGAUAAGUCUGUUGGCCGAUGCUCACUUGAAGUCAGAAAAAUUGUUGAACGUUUGCUCCAGACAACUGAAGACGAAUCAGACACAGAACCUGUUAUUGAAGAAAUCUCUCUUUUGGAAUCCAACGGAGGCAAGAUUGGUCUCAGCUUCAAGUUUAUUCCUGUUGUUCAAUUCAAGUUGGAUCCCGCUGAAAGCCUUGAAAACCAAGGUAACUUGACUGUUGUUGUAGUCAAGGCCAAUAACUUGGUUGCUGCUGACCGUAGUGGCAGUAGUGAUCCUUUUAUUCGCUUCUACGUUAAUGAUGAGCGUGUCUUCAAGACCCAGACUUACAAGAAGACGCUUAACCCUGUCUUCAACAAGGAUGAAACAUUCACUGUUCCUAUCAUUAACCGUAUCAAUACACCUCUUAUUGCAAAGAUCUUUGAUUGGGAUCAAAUUGGUAAAGAUACCUUGAUUGGUGAAUGUAAGAUCACUUUUACUGCUGACGAUGUAGAGACAUUUGUCACUAGCACCAAAGAAUACAAACUUGAUCAAGGUGGAAGUCUUACCUUGCGUUUGACCUGGAGACCUGAGUUAGUUAGCCGCAAGAGAACCAACACUUCCUUUUUCUAUGCUACCACUCGUGUCUUCACUUCCGUUCCUGGUAACGCCAUCGGCGCUGGUAGAGAUGUUGUUGGUGCUGGUAUUGGUGCCGGUGGUAAGGUCUUGGGUGCUGGCGGUAAAGCAUUCGGCAGUGGUGUCUCUGCUUUAGGUAGUGGUAUUCGCGGUAUUGGUAAAAUAGGCAAGAAAUCUCCUACCAUCUCUGAAGAAAAUGAUGUUGCUCCUCUUGAGCGUGAAGUCUCUACAUCUUCUUCGACCACAUCUUCUGCUGCACCUGCUACAAAUGAGGAAAACGCAAAUAUCUCUCCUAGCAGCUCUAUCAUGCAACAAAGCCGUUCUAUAGGCGAUGAAAACGCUACCAUUCAAGUCAACCUGGUUGAAGCCAGAAACUUGAAAGCCAUGGAUCGUGGAGGUACCAGUGAUCCUUACUGUCGUGUUCGUGUUGGCAACAAGGUAUUGUACAAGACUCGUCAUCUCAAGAAGACUUUGUCUCCUGAUUGGAACGAAUCCUUUACUGCUAAGGUGAGCUCUCUUGGUACUUUAGACUUUAAGGUCAAGGAUCACAAUACAUUGACUGAUGUUGACAUCGGUGAUUGUCAACUCAAUCUGGGUAAUGCUGUCAAGCCUGGACAAGCAUUCGACGGAUGGCUAGCUUUGACUCCUGAAGGAACAGGUGAAAUCCAUGUCAAAGUUGCCUUUGUUGAUACCGAUAGUAUCUCUAUCUCUUCUAAGAGUGGUGGAUUAUUUGGCAAGAAAUAA